CGCUAAGUAAUUUUUACACAUGAAGAAAUUUUAAAAAUAUAAUAAAAUAAAGUAAAUAAGAAGAACUAAAGUGUUUUUACGCAGCAACGCGAGUUUGAUUAUUUUUUUUUUGUAAUGCAAUGAAUGUUUAACAUUGUGGAAGUUUGAAGCAAAAAUUUAAAUUAAUUAAUUUAUGACAAUUUGAUGAUUUAAAUAAUUUUAAUGUGCAAAAAAAGUUUCUGAUAAAAAAAAUUCCCGACUCAGAAAUGAGCUCAAGUGAUAAAUAAAAAUAAAGUACGAAAGAAAAACAAAAUUAAGGAAAUAAUCGAUCAAAUUGAAAGAACAAUUAAUUGUGACCCAAAAGCAAUGACAUAAGUGAUAAAAAUGUCUAAAUCCAAGAGAAAUAACCAAGAUGAUAUGAAUAACUUAAAUGUUAAUCUCAAAGGAGCACUAAAUGGUGAUAAAUUAGGAGAUACCGAAAUUAACAUUCCAUUUGCUGAUGAAGAGACACCGCAAGUCAAGCAUAAAACACAAAAUGUUAUAAAUAGUUCAAAUGAAAGCAUCAGUAGCAAUGACUCAGACACACGAGCACAAAUGUACAAAAGAUCAAUAAGUGCACGAAAGGGUGCUAAUCUGAGAAUACAGAUUGAUAAUGCAUCCUCGAGUGAUGACGAAGCUGAUAAUAAAAGUUUAGAAUCAGAAAAACGUGACAAACCAGGUCCGCUGAUUUCUGAUCUUGUAAAAACAGUUUCUGAAGCACCAGCAGUUGGACUUCGUCGAAAUUCAUUUUCCAUGCCAGCAUUAAAUGAAAUCGACCUUGAUGCACUUCGUUCUCUUCAUAUGCAAGCUGUAGAUGACGAACAUGAUGACGAUACUGAUGAUUUCGAUCCAAUGAAAAGUAAAGAGUCUCUGUCAGAGAUACAUGUCCUUGACGAUGGAGCAUCGAUGGUGUGCAGCAUCGCUGAGCCGGAAAGUGAAAAGGAAAACAAGAAAACAGAUGACAGCGAUAGUGACUCAGAUCAUCCAAUGGUAUCACGCUCAAAAUUUCGCACGAGACGUCGUGGCUCAAUCGCUCCAUUACCCGCUAUUCGUCUCAAUGAUAAAGAAAUCAUGGCAAAUGCCGAGUAUGAUGUUCAGAGUAUGAUAAGUGCUGCACCGUCAAUAACAUCGGUCAGCUCACUCGCUAGCUUAUUAAAGGAAAAAAUGCAGGGAAUUCCAUCAAUGCUCCGCAAGAGGAAGAAGCCAAAAGAUUAUAAAAUUCGCAUUUUUACAGCACUCUUGUUCCUUAUGAUAAUUUUUCUAGUCGGUUAUGCCUAUGUGAUGUAUAAUCAUAAAGUUACAUCAAAAAUGUAUUUUGAGCAUAUAAAAUUCAGCAGUGGCAAACGUCAACUCUUUGUAUCCGAUACAAAUGGCAGUAAUGUGCUGAGCGGUAGUCUAGGCACAACAAUUCACAUUCCAAAAGCUUAUUUAUGUCGCGACAUUGUGACGGAUGAGAAAGAGAAUGUCUGUUGGGAAUGGUCAAAAUUGGCAAAACUGCAUAUUAGUCUAGACAAAAAAUUUCGUGGAAAUAGCUCGCCAAAAGAGUAUCCAACGUCAAGAUGCUACAAUUUUCGAUGGGAAUCAUUGAGUGAGAAUUUUCAUCCAACAGAUUGCUUUAAAAUUGGCUCCGAUCUAGGUCAAUGGUAUGGUGGUGGUGUUACGAAAAAUGCUGAAUGGCUAUUGGAGAAAAAUGCAUUUAAUUUUACGCCAUUUAUAACCGGUGAUGUGAGACACCAUGAAUGGGGAAAUGCAUUGAACAGAUACUUUAUUAAUUCUCUCGGUAUUGCAAUCGAAGUUGAUGAAAAGACACCGCUGCACAUUAGCAUUAAUCCAACGAAUAAUUCACAACUAUGCAUCAAGUCAGAAUAUGAUGAUUUUGCUUAUAACAAUCAUCCAACAACACUUCCUGUCCUCGAGUAUCGAAUUUGUACUGCAAAUGAUAUGAAAAUCCUACAUCAUAAUUUAACACAAAAACACCUGUGGGAUGGACUUAAGCAACAGGAAAUUGACCUUAUCAAAGCAAUUUUUGAUGAACCUGUAUGGGAAGUUUCGGGCGAUCUCUCUGAUGUUGCCAUUUCAAAUGUAACAGACUCAAUUAUUGCUUUAGGAUAUUUUCGACUCGGUCAUGUUCUAUUAAACGAACAAUGGCAACGAUAUGUCGGUGACUUUGAGGUCGAUGAGGAACGUUUUACAGCACUUGAUGAUAUAAUUAAUGUCUUACACAGACGUGGCUUUAGAAUUUCACUAACAAUUCAGCCAUUCGUGUCAACAGAGAGUAAGACAUUUGCUGAGUUAGUACAAAAGAAAUUGCUGAUCUAUGAACGCUCGACUGACCGUACCAUACCUGCAUUAACGAAAUUCAAAAGCUCACGUAGUGAUGGUGUCCUUGAUAUCACAAAUAAUGAGACGAUUCCAUGGCUAUUGAACAAGCUUGAGAUUGUCAAGAAGAAAUAUCAAAUUGACUCAUUCUAUUUAGAGUUUGGGAAUGCAUAUGAUAUGCCAAAGUUUUAUGAUAGUAGUGAAGCAUUGCUAAAUCCCGAUCAAUAUAAAAGCAUAUUUAUGGAUAACAUAACAAGCUCAUUAACUCUGCUUGGCGUAUCUGGUGCAAUAUCGGUUCCAAGGCCACCAGCAUUUCUAAGCUUACCACAAGUUAAUUCUACAUGGCAUGGAUUAAAGACAGUACUAACGAGCAUCAUUAAUUAUGGUAUCAUCGGAUAUCCAUUUCUUAUGCCAAAUGCUGUUGGCGGUGAUUUUAUAGUCGAACAGAAUGGCUCGAAUUUACCCGAACUGGAACUUUAUAUACGAUGGCUACAGCUUGCCACGUUCUUGCCAGUCUUAAGAUUUAAAUAUCUUCCGUCAGAUUAUAAGAAUGAGAAUUUGACGGAAAUCGCAAAGGAUUUGGCAUUAAUAAGACAGAAGACAGUGAAGCAAGUCUAUGAAAAAUAUUUAAAUGACGCAAUGAAUGAAGGAUUACCGCUUGUUCGUCCUUUAUGGAUGUUGGAUCCGAGCGAUGCUGCCUGCAUGUCUGUUGUUGAUGAGUUUUCUGUUGGUGAACAAAUUAUUGUAGCUCCAAUUAUUGAAAAGGGUGUUACGACUAGGGAAGUUUAUUUACCUGAAGGAGUAUGGAAAGAUGGAAUUGAUGGCUCGCUUCGUAAAGGAAGUCGUUGGAUCCACAACUAUCGUGUGAUGGAAAAUCAAAUAGCAUAUUUCGUAAAAAUGCCCGAUAAUACGAGAUUUUAGUGAAGUAGCAAAAGAUUUUGAAGUGAUUUGAAAUUAUUGUGGAUAAUUUUUAAAUCCAGCAAAUCUUUUAAUUCAAGAGACAGAUGGAUCAAGUGCCAGUAUUUGUUUAGUUUAAGUAGAAUAGAAAACAAUAUUAAAUUAAUAAUGCCCUACCAUAAAAGAUUAUUGCCUACCAAAAUAUUCAUAUUAUAUUUUUAUUCCUAUAUUUUAAAAUCUUCUGAAACUUGAAUGCUAAGAGUUGUGUGAAGAAAUGCUGUAAAUAUUUUUAAAAUUCUUAGAGUGAAAAAAUUUCGAAAUAUUAUGUAAAAUAUGUUAAGCAGUUAUAUUUGCAAUUAUAAUAAAAUAAAUGAAAAUAAAUUCAGUGUCUAUGCC